AAUUCGAACGAAAUGACGUCGCCGGCCAAGAAACUCUUAAAGACGGGCGAAACCACCAAAAAAGCCCAACCCAAGGAGAAGGCUCCGGCAAAAGGAAAAGCCGCACCGAAGAAAAAGGCAGCCUCUCGAGGCACGGGAAGCCAAGAAGGCACUUCGAGCGCACCACCACCAUCUCAGGUGCCGGAAGAGCAACAAACCCCACGCACGGGAAACGUGCAACUUGAGAUGGGAUCCCGUGCUAAUCAACACACCAUCCUUGACCGCGUAGUCCUCGAACCGGGAGAUGAGUUUUUGUACGUGAACGUCGAGGCCAAAAGGGAAUUCAUACGUCGCCAUAGCCGACCGUUUGUUCCAGAAAGGGAAUUAGAUAUCGAUGGCAUGGAAAAAGAAUCGAUCAUAGAAAACUUUGAUCGUCGACAAUGGAAGUACUUGGCCAAACGACCGGAGGACUACAACGAGAAUCUAGUGAGGCUCUUCUAUGCCAAUGCCGGUUUUCACCCGGGGUCGGUGGUCGUUCUUCGAGACAAAGAGGUGCGCUAUGACGCUGCUACAAUCAACAAGUUUUUCCACCUACCCGAAGUCUCGACCGAGCCGUUUCAACAACUGAAGAUGGCAACGACCUAUGAGGAGCUGAUUCAGACUCUUUGCCCUAGGGGUUCGAAGUGGCAAAAAGGAGAGCACUGGUUCCGUCGGGGGGAACUUUCAAGGGAAGCGAAGGUGUGGAUGUACUUCGUCAGUAGCAGGCUCAUGCCCACAAAAUCGACGGCCAAGACCUAUGCCCCACGUCUUACACUGAUGUAUGCCAUUAUGAAGAGGACACCUGUGAAUGUGGGCGCGAUCAUACACGUUGAGAUCCGACGAUGCUUAGGUGAUACCUCUCUAGGUCACCACAGCCUAUCUUCCCUUACCACAAGCUCCAGCCAGCGAGUGGACCCCUAGGCGAGGGCGACUCAGACUUACCAGAUGCGG